UUGACUGACAAGACAAGAAUAUUUGAAAAUUAUUGGCGGGACACAGUCGCAGAAUACUUGUUUAUUUACGUUCAUAUAGACAUAAAGUUUUGUACCUUAUAAAGUCAGAAAGUAGUUAAAUUUUUAUCUUAACUGACGAAGAAAAUGUUAUGGAAUAUGUACAUUUAGUAAAUGCGUUGAAAUAUGCCUUUUCUAUUAACCAAUUUACCUAACCUUAUCAGAAAACUUGAAACGAAGAACAUACAAAGUUUCUUACGAACAUUAAGCAGUAACAUUGAGACUAUGAAGUAUUUAAAUGUGGCCGAAAAGAAUGAUGCCGCUAAAAAUAUCGCACAACAUUUGUCGCGAGGCACAUCUAGAAGGCGGGAAGGACUCUCACAGUAUAAUAAAAUCUAUGAAUUUGAAAGUGAAGUGAUGGGACAGAAAUGCCAAAUGGUUAUGACUUCAGUGUCUGGACACUUGCUGAGCUUAGAGUUUGUUGGGGCUUAUAAGAGCUGGCAGUCUUGUAGCCCGCUCGCUUUGUUUGAUGCACCCGUUUUUAAAUUCUGCCCAGAGAACUAUGAGAAAAUUAAGAAAACUUUGGAAAGGGAAAUAAGGAGUUGUCAAGGUUUGAUCAUCUGGACGGAUUGUGACAGAGAAGGAGAAAACAUUGGUUUUGAGAUAAUUGAUGUUUGUAAAGCAGUAAAGAACAAUCUUAGGGUAUUCCGAGCCAAAUUCUCUGAAAUCACAUCUGUGUCCGUGUGGAGGGCUCUGCAGAACUUGGAACAACCUAAUAAGAACAUUAGUGAUGCUGUUGAUGUGAGGCAAGAGUUAGAUUUAAGGAUAGGUGCAGCUUUCACAAGAUUUCAAACCUUACGACUUCAAAAAGUUUUUCCUACAAAACUAGCACAAAGUUUAGUCAGUUAUGGUUCCUGCCAGUUUCCGACACUAGGCUUUGUUGUGGAGAGGUACCGCGCCGUCGAGAACUUUGUGCCUGAACCAUUUUGGAAGAUAAGAGUUAACCACACUAUGAAUGACUUGAGUGUUGAUUUCGCAUGGGAAAGGAUAAGACUAUUCGAUCGUGAUGCGUGCCAGGUACUGCAUGAUGUAUGCUUAGAAAGCCCCCAGGCGAAGGUUUCUGAAGUGAAAACCAAACCAAAGUCGAAAUGGAGACCUCUGCCAUUGGAUACAGUGGAACUUGAAAAACUCGCAUCUAGGAAGUUGAAAAUUAACGCAAAGGAGACGAUGCGACUUGCAGAAAAGUUAUACACGCAGGGGUUUAUAAGUUAUCCACGUACCGAGACCAAUGAGUACCCCAAAGAGAUGAACUUAGGACAACUGGUGGGGCACCAGACGGCAGACCCCAACUGGGGGACUUUUGCACAGAAUAUUUUGGACAGUGGGGGGCCGACCCCGCGGCAAGGGAACAAGAGCGACAAGGCCCAUCCUCCCAUUCAUCCUACAAAGUACACCAACAAUUUAAAUGGCAAUGAACAGCGGUUAUACGAGUUUAUAGUCCGCUCGUUCUUGGCCUGUUGUUCAAAAGACGCCCAGGGUCAAGAAACUACAGUGUCUAUUGAAGUAGCCGGUGAGAAGUUCAACGCAAGUGGUCUUAUGAUAACAGCAAGAAACUAUUUAGAAGUGUAUCCUUACGAUAAGUGGUCCUCAAAGGAAAUUCACGUUUAUCAGAAUGGGCAAACCUUCAAUCCGACUAGCAUAGACAUGUUAGACGGCCAAACUUCACCACCGAAUCUUUUAACAGAAGCUGAUCUCAUCGCUCUAAUGGAAAAACAUGGAAUCGGCACAGAUGCAACACACGCGGAACAUAUAGAAACAAUAAAGAACAGAUCUUACGUGGCCUUAGCGAACGCGAUACAUUUCGUACCCGGCUUGCUUGGCAUGGGCCUCGUAGAGGGCUAUGACGCGAUGGGCCUCACUAUAUCCAAACCUCACUUGAGGGCACAGCUGGAGGCCGACCUGAAGGCCAUCAGUGAGGGCAGGCGGCAACCGCAGCAGGUGCUAGCUGAACAGAUAGCAAAAUACAAGGAGGUAUAUCAAACAGUAGCUUUAGAAGCUAACAAGAUCGACGCUGCGUUAGGUGAAAGGUUCAGCGAGCAGCCGAACGAGUAUGUUCCGUCAGCUGAGACCAUGCCAGUGGACAUGCCUGCAGCUUUCAAAUGUCCUAAAUGUGGGUCAGACAUGGUGGUGAGACAUAAAAAGAACAACGCCGAUGAACUCUACAUAAGUUGUAUGUCAUACCCCAGUUGCAAGAAUGCUGUCUGGCUGCCUUCUCUAGUCAAGAGCAUACAAGUGUUACCUGGAACUUGUUCAGUUUGUGGACCAAACUACAAAAUGUUAAAAUUUGAAUGGCGAAACAAUCAAAUAAGUCACCUAUAUCCAUCUCCUUACACUGGCUGUAUAGGCGGGUGUGACACUACGUUCUUAGAAAUGCUUAGAAUAAACCUAUCCAGUGUUAGACAAGUAGCUGAAAGAACUCAAAACACAAACAUUACUGCGACAACUGUAAAUAGAUCACAAAAUAGUCGCCCAAGUAGUAACAGCAACAGCCCUAGUACUAUAACACCUCCGAUUCCUGUGGUACCUUCAAUUCCCUCAGCGGCUCCAAGGCCCAAUAUAGCACAGCCAAGGCAAUUUGUACCUCCGCCUGUUGCAAAUAGAGCUCCGAAUCCAACGAACAACCAGCCAAGGAUGCCGUUACCAAGAAGUGAAAAUGGCGACGAUAAUAACGUACUCUGUGGCUGUAACAAACCGGCUAUUGUCUUAACAGUACGAAAACAAACGCCGAAUUUUGGCAAGCAAUUUUACAAAUGCCAAGUGGGUAAAGACAACGGUGGCUGUGACUUCUUCCUAUGGGCGCCGGAGUCUACUGACACUGUACAGAACCCGUACGACACUCCGCCGUCCAGUUCGUGGGGAGGCAGCGACCAGACCAGCAGCAACACAACCAGGGGCUGGGGAGGAAGGUCGCGAGACAGCAAUGCUGGCGGGGAUGAUGACGUCAAGUGCGACUGCGGGCUGCCUUGUAAAAAACUAACGGUGCAGAAAGAAGGUCCAAAUAAAGGUCGAACUUUUUAUGGCUGUGUAAAGGACCUCGGUUCAAGAUGUAACUUCUUCCAAUGGGGAGAUUCGGAAGCAGCACCAGCGGUAGAUUGGGGCAACAGCAGCAGCAAUAGCCGUGGAAGGGGUCGCGGCGGGGGCAGGCAACCCCGCGGGGAGCGGCCGCCUCGCGCGGAGCGGCAACCUCGCGGGGAGCGGCAGCCCCGCGGGGGCUCGCGUCUGUGCAGCCUGUGCCGCCAGCCCGGACACACGCGCGGACGCUGCCCUAACACACAAUGAGCACAAGCUACUCAAUUGACUUUGAAGUGAUCAGAACUCUCAAAAGCUGCCGACAAAGUGUUUUUAAAAUACUCGUACAAAUAAGUUCCGCAUUUAAAUAUCCAUGUAUGUAUGUAUGUAUACGCUUGGUGGAAAACCGACUUUAAACGAUCCCAAAUAAAAGUAUCAAUAUAACUGCUUGCUUCGUCUACGUAUGCAGAAAUCGCGAGUGUUAUGUUACAGAAAUAUUAGUUUUACAAAAAUUCUAGUCUUAAAAUGGACAAUAAAUUAUAAUAAAUAAACUCUAGUGCCUUAAUGUAACACUCACAAUAGAAGAUUUUCGAAACACUUAAUAAAGAAACGUAGUUUAUGAUUAUUAUUAUUGUAUGUGAUUCUCGGUGCUUCACUGUACGUUAGAGAGAUAUUGAAGUAUGUAUUGUAACGAUGUGUAAUUACUAUGUAAGUAAAGUUAUUUAUAAAUAA